AUGGAUGCCUUUAUCAUGACUGCAUUAGUGGAUACCACAGCGCUCAUAUUGCCAAACAGUGGGCCUUUAAUGGCAUGCUUUCAAUUCCUCGCAAGUGGUGUUGCACAAGCGGAAAUCUGGCUCACUUUAGCCGCCUUCAAAUCUUACGACACGGCUCCUAAGUACAGUUUGCUACUCUGGCUCUACAUAUCUUGGCUAUUAGCCUACUACGGCUUUUGGGUCACGACUUGGGCCUCAGUCUACACUCGCGAAUUUCAAAGUAAAGAAAUAUCUGACAUGCCACCUCAUGCCACCCUUGACCUCUUUUGGCCACACACAGGCUGUAUACGCAGGCAACGCGUACCAAUUAUGGUCACUUUUGCUCAAGUCGGACUUCUAAGCUGGCACAUGAGUUCUUUUUGUCGUGAGCGAGAUAUCUGGAACGACCUAGUCAAUUCGCUGAAGGAAGCAGCAAAGUUGUGGAACAACUUGAAUAAAUCAACCAAUGACGCCACCUCAAUUUUGAGCCAUGGAUUGUUCAAAAACGUGAACGGCGAUCCUAUUGCGAUGGCUUUGGUUGCUCAGACGCGUGCUGUGACGCUGAUGACCGCUGACGUAGAGACGAAUGAUCGUCAGCUGAUCCAAAGAUCGCAAGUGAUGGCCUUUGCUUGGGGUGCGUUCCUUCUGAUCACCCUAAUAAUCUACGCUUCGGCAACUUGGUCAUUGAUUUCUUUGAUUAAGAGUGCUGAUACUGAGCCAGUCCGUCGGAAACACAAGAUGCAAGUAGGUCUACUAAGUCGACGCAAAAACUCCUACACCGAAGAGGGUGGGGCCAUAUCUGUUGAUAACGAAGAGGCGAGAUUGCUUCAUCGGGGGUUGCGAUACCUGACUCUGCAUAGCUUAACGAUGAUUACUGCCAUUUUAUAUUCGAGUGUCGUCUGUUUCAUCAUGGGCGCUCACGCUGAGGCUAUCGUGGUCACGGCGCACUGGCGGGGAUUAGGUUCGUGGCUAUCUCUAGCGAGCGGUAUUUUUAUUGCCAUGGCAAUGGCGUUUCAAUUUUCUUCUUUUUGGGGAACCAUUCUCAUGUGGCGCGUAUGGGUCGAUCUAGACAUCAUCAUCCCGGUUCAAGAUGCAAGGAACGAACAUGAAUAUGAUACAUUUCAAGGAGACAUUCCUUUGCAAGAGAAGGCGGCAGAUCUUGCAUACCAAUCGCGAUCAUGUCUGACGAUUAAACCCUAG